CAAAGAGGAAGGGUUUUGUGGAACGGAGGGAGUAUUAACUUAAAACAGAAGUUUUUUGUUUUUUAAAAAUCACCAACCAUAGAAAAGAAAUUAAAGAAGAAUAGAAGAAAAAUGGGGAAUUGACAUGGGAUAAGACAAAGAAGUAGUCUGUAUACGUCCUCUAAAUAUGUACUCUACUACUGCUCUUUGUGACCAAUAUGCAAUAGCCUACCUACCAUUCUCUGCCGACUGCUCCCUUUAAUCAUCGAACCAUAUCCCCGCUCGUGGGCAUGGCAAGAAAUGUCAAGGAGUUCGAGUUUGAUUCAAUUUCUAGCAACUGCAUUCGGAGACAAUCAUGUAAAACAUUGGAUCUCUGCAAGUACCAGGUGCAAGUGUGUAAGUUUCAUUCUUUGCUACCAAUCUGUGAUCAAAGUCUAAUUUAAUAUCUCUCAGUGACCAUUUGAUCGGAUCUAAUAUAAAAUUAUAAAUGACGUAACUUUAAAUAUACCUACACUAAGGGGCUGUUUGGCAACUUCUGAAUAGGUAAGUGCUGAACCAGUAAGAGGUCUGAACCAUUAAGUGCUGAACCAGUAAGAGGUCUGAACCAUUAAGAGCUAGUAUAUUGUUUAACUAUUCAGAUGCAAAUGUCUGAUCAAUUCAGAUAAGAGGUCUUAACCAUUCAGACUAUGUAUAAUACUUAACCAUUCAGAGGCAAAUCUCUUAACCAUUCAGACAUCUGAACCAUUAAGAGGCUGAAACAAACAGUCUGAAUCAUUAAGUGCUGAACCAUUCAGACAUCUGAAUCAUUAAGAGGCUGAAACAAACAGCCCCUAAGAUGAGAUGAGAUCAGAUCGACCAUCUAAAGAUCUAAUCAUAUUUGGCCAAAUAGAUUAGAUGGGCCAAUAGAAAAGAGCCUAAAUUAAAUCGAGGAGUCAAAGACUCCCCUAUAAAGCCCAAAGCUUGGUUCGGACAUACACCACACAUGAGUCAUGACCUACCUAUAUAUCUAUCUAUCUAAGCUUCGUUACAACAAUAAUUAAGUGGUCUGUAUGUAACUAGCUAGUUGGUGAUCGAUCUGAGCUGAGCUGAGGUGGCCACACCGUCGUCGUAUCGAUCAUGAAAAUGGGGAAAGAAGAAAUAAUGGAAGAGAGAAGAAGAAAAACCCACAAAAGGGUGAAUAAUAAGGGUGGAAUGAUCACCAUGCCUUUCAUCUUUGCAAAUGAGAUAUGUGAGAAGUUGGCGGUGGUGGGAUUUGCGGCAAACAUGAUCAUCUACUUGACCACCCAGUUGCACCUCCCCCUGACAAAAGCCGCCAAUACCCUCACCAACUUCGGCGGCACCGCCAGCUUAACCCCCUUGCUCGGUGCCUUCCUCGCCGACUCCUUCGCCGGCAGGUUUUGGACCAUCACCCUUGCUUCCAUCAUCUACCAAAUCGUACGUUCCUUGCCCGAGUAUUAAUUACUACUUCCUCAGUCCCGUGAAACAUGGGAUAUUUGCAUUUUAGGAGGGAUUUAAGGAAGUAUAUUUUGGUAUUGAAUUUCCAAAAAUGUCCUUGAUGUGAUGGGUAAAAGUAUGAUUUGAUGGAUAGAUUAUUAGUAAAAAGGUAUGAUGUGAUAGGUAGGGUAUGAAAAAGUAAGGGGUAAAAGUGACUUUUUAAUAGAAAUGAGAAGUGUUUGGUGGGACGGAUAAAAAAAGAAAGAGAAAAUGUUUCACGGGACGAAGGUAGUACUUCAUUAACUGUUUCUUCCGAUUCAAUUUUUUAAUGUGAUCUAGCUAGUUCAUUUAAAUGUCUCAUGACUCACUCCAAUAAUGUGUUUUAUUAUUGUGUCUAUGGUGGGUGUUAAUUAGGGAAUGACGCUUUUAACCAUAUCCGCUAUACUUCCUCAACUCAGGCCGCCGCCAUGCAAGAAGGCCGCGGACCAGAUUUGCCAGGAAGCGAACUCGGGUCAGGUGGCAAUCCUCUACGUGUCGCUUCUCCUCACCGCCUUCGGGUCGGGCGGGAUCAGGCCGUGCGUGGUGGCGUUCGGGGCGGACCAGUUCGACGAGGCCGAGUCGGAAGAGAAGAAGCGGACGUGGAGAUUCUUCAACUGGUACUACUUCUGCAUGGGGGGAUCGAUGCUGGUGGCGGUGACGGUGGUGGUGUACAUACAGGACAACGUCGGCUGGGGGUGGGGGUUCGGGGUCCCCACCGUAGCCAUGGCCAUCUCCAUCGUCGCCUUCGUUUUCGGGUACCCUUUGUACCGGAAUCUGGAUCCCGCCGGCAGCCCAUUCACGCGGCUGGCGCAGGUGUGCGCCGCCGCCUACAAGAAGAGGAAGGUGCCCAUGGUGUCCGAUCCGGACAUGCUUUAUCAGAACCAUGAGAUUGACGCCGCUAUUUCGGUCGCCGGGAAGCUAUGUCACACUAAUCAUAUGCAGUAAGUCCUUAAAUUAAGCUUUAAUAAUUGCUCCGUAAUAAUUAAUUAUGCAUAAAAUUUGUUAACGUUUCCUUUGCUUGAAAAUAAAUUUAAAAAAAUAAAUUACAUAAGAAAAUAAAAAAAAUUAAAAUGUAGGAGAAAUGAUAAAAAUAGUUAUAAAAAAUUAAAAUAAUAAAAAAAUGAAAGAAUAAAAUCAAAAAUACUGAUAAUAAUUUUUUUAAAAUAGAUAAAAAAUAGUUUUAAAAAUGAAAACUAUUACUCCCUCCGUUUCUUAAAACCCUUCCUCUUUCAUUUUUUUUGUUUUUCUUAAAACACUCCCCUUUUCUAUUAAAAAACCACUUUUAACAUUACUUUUUCAUACCCUACAUAUCACAUCAUAUUUUUCACUAACAACUAAACUAUCACAUCUUACUUUUACCCAUCACAUCAAGGGCAAAAUUGGAAAGUCAACUACAAUUUAACACUUCCUUAUUUUCUCUCAAAGUCAAAAGAGGAACUCUUUUGAGAAACGGAGGGAGUAAUAGAAAAUUAAAAAUAAACAUUUCCUUCCCCU